AAAAAAGGUGUUUUUUAAUUAAGAUUGUUAUUAAUGGCAUGCUUUCUGAUGGCACAGAUCUUUCAAAGAUAUUGCAAGGAGUGGAAAACCCAAGAAGCUUCCUGGUCCCCUUUUUCGGCUCCCACUCAUCUGGACAGCUUAAGGAAGACAGAAAAUCAGUCCAAAGAAUAAAAAUAGGGCAUAUAAAUAGUUCAAUAGUAGCUGAAGGAGAGUUUAGUAAAAAUAUUUUCAAAAUAAGAAGAAACAAAUAAAGAAAUUAACCUAGUGCAGCGUGAAAGGCUAAAAAAAAUAACGAAGGGGGGAAAAAAAGGAGAACGCAGCUAAGAAAUCAGCAAGCAAGAGAACUUUGUCCGUGAGUACAUUAACACGGCCAAGCACAAGGAAAAGGGUGCACUGGAGGAAAGGGGAGCGGAUCAGCUGCCGGGCCGGCCAGGGAAGAGGCGCAGCCCCACUCGCAGAGGGUCACAGCGGCCUCGCACACGCUGUUCCGAUGCCGGCGCGGCUCGGUGACUCUGAGGCUGCCGAGCACGGCUCGCAGCCCGCUGCCGCCCCGAGCCCUCAGAGCAGCCUGACCCAAAUGCCGGCCGCGGGCGCCAGGGACGCUCAGGCCGGGGCAGGCCCAGCUCCCGCCGCGCGCAUGCGCAGCACGGCGCACGGAGCCAGGGCGCUUCCGCACGGACAUCGCGCUCCGCGGGCUCGCAGGCAGGAAGGGGAGGCUUCUCCCCGCGCCUGCCUCUCCAGCCUUGGGGCUGCCGCAGCUGCCUGCCCGUAACUUCUGUCAUUUUCUGCCGUGCCCUCAGAGGGUCAUUUCAGCUCCGUGCUGCAGGCCUUCUGUUUUCUACCCAAUAACAAGCUGGUCUUCGAUGACGUCGUUAGUUGCCGGGCAGAAUUUCCCUUCGCGCCUCCCGCAUCGCCGCGGCGCCCACAGGGACCGGCGGAGCGUUUGAUUUGAUUGACAGCACCGCUAGUGGGCGGGGAGAAACGAGCGAACCAAUAAUGACUCUGAGCGGCCUUGAUGAGCAGGGCCCGCAGCCAAUGGGGACGGGCGGGAGGUCGCUCGGUUGCCAGGGCCUCGCGGUUGCCAAGGCCGCGGCUCGGCGCGGUGGCGAUCCCGCUGCCGCCGUCCGGGCCCGCCGCCGCCCCUGCCCCGGGCCGGCGCCAUGGUGAAGCUCGCUGCCAAGUGCCUGCUGGCAGGAGAUCCAGCUGUGGGUAAGAGUGCUUUAGCCCAGAUGUUUCGCAGUGAUGGGGCUCAUUUUCAGAAGAACUACACACUGACAGCGGGAAUAGAACUAUUGGUGAAGGCUGUAUCAGUUCCAGAGACAAGUGAUAGUGUGGAAUUCUUCAUUUUUGACUCUGCAGGAAAAGAUCUAUUUUCUGAAAUGCUGGAGAAACUGUGGGAGCAACCCAACGUCGUGUGCCUUGUGUAUGAUGUCACUAAUGAGCAAUCCUUCAACAACUGUAACAAAUGGUUGGAGAAGGUUAGAGCUCAAGCAGUUGGGGUGCAUGUUCCAGGUGUCUUAGUGGGGAAUAAAACAGACCUAGCUGAUCGUCGAGUUGUGGAUCAGGAACAAGCACAGGAGUGGGCUGAGAAACAUGGCCUGGAAUACUGUGAAAUGUCAGUGAAGGAAAUGAAAGAUUUUGAGGCCCCUUUUCACAUCCUGGCAAAGUUAUUCCACCAACUGUACAAAGAGAAAGUGGAAACUUUUCACUCACUAGCCUGACUGAAUCUGUUUCUUUCUUUCGGCGUGGCUCGCUGUCCCUGCCUGGUGGGAGCUGUGUGGCGUCCAACCGCUGUCACUUGGUGACGCAGUGCCCUCUGCUGGUCCCAGGUCACAGGAGUUCUCCAGAGGCUGCCACCUCCCUUGAAGUGAGCAGGAAGAGCUUCCUGCGGCCACAUCCAAAUUGGCUUAACUGCAAAAUGGAGUCAAAUUGCAAGAAUACCUUUUCUAUUCUAAAGAUAAAUCUAAAACUUAUAAAAAAUUACCUUUUCUUCUUCA